CAGGACAGUUCUGGUGCUUACCAGCCAUGGCAGGGCAGCGUCACAGCUGCUAGACCCCCUUUUUAGGCAGCUGCUACUGCAAACUUUAUACAGGGGGCUGAUUCGUAUGGUGGUCAAAUAUCUCUGGGUUUGGACUAGGCAUUUCUGUGUUUGUUUUUGGAGGUUUUUAUUUCAUUUAUGAACUUUUAUUUAACUGAGACGUGCCAUUGAGGUCAGAAGACCUCUUUCCCAAGGAAGACUUAAGUUUUCUGGGUAUAUUUACUUUUUUUUUGGAGCAUAGAAGAGAACAAAAAUGGAUAGGAAAUUGAAUCUUAACCGAGCCGAGACUUUUUCCUUCAUCAACCCUUGGAUAAGGUACUUCCUGUUCUUUUUCAGCUUCUUGUUCUGGGUCUUCUCCUUGCUGAUUGUUGCUAUAGGGGUAUAUGCAAAGGUUCAAAAAGCAACAGACACGGUCAGAGACACGUUCCUGAUCGACCCAGCGGUCAUCCUGAUCGUGGUGGGCGUGGUCAUGUUCUUCAUCACCUUCUGUGGCUGCAUCGGAGCCCUGCGAGAGAACAUUCACCUUCUGAAGACGUUCUCCUUCAGUCUGACUCUGGUCUUCCUCACUCAGCUGGCCAUAGCCGUCCUGGGCUUCUUCUAUUCAGACCAGACACGAGACGCUCUGGGGAAGUUUGUGAAUAAAGCCAUCGUGCACUACAGGGAUGACCUGGAUCUGCAGAACCUCAUGGACUACAUUCAGAGAGAGUUCAAGUGCUGCGGCUGGAACAACUACACUGACUGGUCAUGGAACCUGUACUUCAACUGCACCCAGGGGAACCCCAGCUCUGAGCGCUGUGCGGUCCCUUACUCCUGCUGCACCCCCGUACCAGGAGAGGUUGUGAUCAACACCAAGUGUGGCUUUGGGGUCCAGACUCAGAACUACCUCGAGGCCACCAAGUCCAUCUAUCCAGUGGGUUGUGCAGACCGGGCGGUUCGGUGGAUUGAGUCCCACCUGCUAUUGGUGGGGGCUCUAGCUCUGGGUCUCUCCCUGCCUCAGAUUGCAGGCAUUGUGCUCUCCCAGAUCCUCAUCUCUCAGAUCCAGGAUGAGAUCAGCUCAGUGUUGUGAGAAGAGGAUGGCCCGACCGACACAGAAAAUAACAGAACAACUAGGAGAGAAAAGAAGAAGUACUGGCCACCCCAGUUAACAAAGGGCAUCCAUCUACAGUUACAUUACACAGCCUUCGGAGCAUCUCAUUUAGUGGUGUGCUGUAUAGACCAGAUGGAAGUGUGUCAUUAUAUGCUGGACUUAGAUGACUAAAGGCUGACAUUGGAAGUGUUUAUUUAUUACAUUAUUUAUACAUGAUUUUAAAAUAUGAUUUAUAUUGACAUGAGGAUAUUAUUUUCUGAAAAGGACGUAUUAUUUAUAUUUCAAAGUGUGAUUGCUAAUAUAAUGAGCUAUAUGACACUGUAAAUGUUGUGUUACAGAACAUUCAAUUGAACAUACUUUUCACAAAUGUUGAAGUUAUAGAAAUCAUUGGAUAUGGAAAAUACUUUUUCACAAAUGUUGAAGUUAUAGAAAUCAUUGGAUAUUGAACAUUUUGAUAAUGGACCAUGUUGAUGAUCAUUUCUAUUAGGUCCACGUAACUGAAGAAUAAAGGCCACAUUCUUCAGCCAAACAUCCAGUCAAUUUGGGGAGGGUACCUCUGCAGUAGCCCCUGGUCCAGACUCAGUGACAUCCAGCUUUAGGCCCUCUACCCAGGCUACCCAGGUUAGGCAUGCAGGACAUGGGCUCUCUGGAUCAGCCGGUCAGUGAGGGGCGAGUUGGGCUUCGUUGCCUCACGCUCCACCAACAAACAUCUCCAGAAGGACAACACAAGACAAAAAAGGACAGUUCUAGAUUGAGUUCUUUAGAGUAGAACAUCUAACUGGAGAACAAAAGGCACUCUGCAACGGUAAUCAGUAGAUACAGUACACUGUAUACAGAAAAUUGUGUACUGUAUUGCACCCAGACACGCUUGCAUUUUACAGACUUCAGGGGGUGUCAAUAAGGACAAGCUUAGCCAUGAGAACAUACUGAUCAAGAUAGUUUCUUCUUCUACCCCCCUAACGAGGGAGCACAGGGAGCAGAAGACGAGAGAAAACCAUUUUCUUCGGUCAUGUGUAUUAUAUAGUACAGAGAAAUCAAUAUUGUGUAUUUUAGCCAUUCACUUUUGUUGGGUUCUAACAUGAAAAACGUAUUCCUGUCAUUAUAUUAGAACUUAUUGAUUACGUUGCAUGUAUAAUAAACGCACGUGUCACGGAUCAAUGAAAGGGUGAAUAGGAACUCUGUGUAUGAAAAGUUACUAUGGGAGAAAAGGGAAACAGAGUAUGACAUCACUUGUAAACAUCCUGGAGAAGUGACCGGAUAAAGAGCAGCUGCUACCAGGCGGCUCGAUCAACGAAGACGACAGCACAACCGUUAGGCAGUAUUGGGCAACAGAUAGCAGUUGAGAAGUUACACCCCUCAUCUCAUCUGGACAUAUAAAUGUGCAAAGUGUGAUUGCAGCUGAGGCACCCAGUGGGUUGAAUAAAAUGGGUUAGAGCUUUUACUAGUUGUGCGUUUGAGUUAACUCCUGUUUGUUCAGAACCCAACACUUUUUUUUCUCAUCGAUGUCUAUUUUGAGAAAGAAACAUGCUCGGCAUCUACGUCAUUGUCCAAUCACAGUGACACAGCAUUGAAGUGACCUCGGGGCUAAUAACACAGCAAAUCGGAGUAAAAAGCCUUUCAAUUGGAGGCAGCCCAUUUUACCUGGCUAAUUUCUGGUGAUGAGUCACUCCUGACUUCAUUGCUGCGUGAAUCAGCAGCAGAUUAAAGACGUCUCUCUGAGAAAUGGAACAAACAAGGCAAUUACAAUACACACUAGACCCAACACAUGUUUUUACCACCGAACAUACUGUGUCUACCCCUCUGGAUCAGGUUCACUAGGGCACACCAUUUCAAAAAGGUUGUGCAACGAAAAAAAAAACAUCUUAUUGGACAAGUUCGGGUGGCACCUGCCCGUUUUCUUCCGGUUCUUCCCAAGUGAAUACGACCCUGCUGUUGUACCCAUAGAAAUACGAAUGAAUAGAAAGGCCAUCUCCAUUCAGGUCAAUGAUAACAUAAUGGGUAUACUGGCAGCCAUGUUGAGUGUACAGUACCCAUGCCAGGAAGAGUACCCUUCAAUCUGUGCUGUGAUUUGUUGAGUCAUCUCUACUGACAUUACAUGAGCCACAUCGGUUAGCAUCAUUUAAAAUGUCAAUCCAUCAGUUGAUGGAACAUUCCAAAUUACCAUGGAAAUGAUUGCAUCACAAUACCAGGCAGCCAUUGAGUGUACCCAUGAGUUUACCAGUCAAUUGCCAGGGUAGGAGCUUCCAAGCCCAUUCAUUCUUAGUUCUAUGGUUGUACCUAAAUAAGGAUCGUUUCCCUAUGAACAGCGCCUAAGGACGAUUGUAUUGUGGUUAAAUUAUUGUGCUUUACAUUCCCAUAGGCCUAUUAGAAACACAGACUGCCAUAGCCUGAAUGCCUCAGUGAGUGUUCGUCAAAGGUCCUUUUUUCUGACAUAGAUUAUAUCUAUUCCUGGUCUAAAAAGCACUUCCAAAAAGGACAUUCCCCAUUGAACAUGCUUUUCACUCCAGGCGUAGGUUUGAAAGCCCAUAGAGCUCCUGAAAACCCCCCAAUGGUUCACAAAAUUUGGGGCUCACCUGCGCGUCACUGCCUCCUAUCUCCAUCAUGCGGUAGCGUAUGGGCUGCAGGAGCUCUACGGCACGGCUGUAGUUGCCCUGGUCGUACUCCAGCAGGGCCUGACACAUGGGCAGCCCCACGCUGCCAGCCAGCAGGUGCUGGUAGUUCUCCUCUGGAACACUAGACACACAACAGGAGAGAAGAUCGAAGACAAUAGAGAUGUCAAAAGCCCUAUUAUACUUUAAAAAAAAUAAAAAAAACGUAUGCUCUCACUGAACUGUUUGUGAUCCCUGCAGAAAUGGUGUCACCAUGGUGUUACUAGCAAAAUGAGGUCUGAGGUUUAUUCUGUACUGUCAAAUACAGUUCAUGACCAGAAGCUUCAGGGCAUCAUCCACACACAGCCAGACUAAAAGGUAAAUUGGAUUUACAAAACGUUGUAGGAUUAACAUCUGAUAAUAGAUACUGUAGGGCAUUACUGCAUGUGAUUGCAGAAGAGAGAAACGCGUGAAAACUGCCUAAAACAACAACACAUCCCACCAGACAGAGUUGCUUUCAUAAAAUCUCAAGACUAGACCAUGCAUUCCGGAGAGGUUUCUUUAGAAUUGUCCUUUCAUUCACUGUACUUUGCUUAUGCAAACGUGUAUAGAUGAUGUAAUGCAUUAUAGAUGACGUCUGUACCAUGUUUGAUUUUUGAGACACUAUAAACUCAAUUUGAGUGGUCUACAAUGUGGUUUUAAAUAAAUCUUUUUUUUUUUU